AUGCCUACAAGUUAUUAUGAUGUAAAGAGGUUGGUGUCGAAGUUGGGAUUAGAAGUAAAAAAGAUUGAUUGUUGCAUUAGAGGUUGCAUGUUGUUUUAUGACAACGAGUUUGGUACAAAUGAUGGGGAAUUGGAGGAAUGUAAGUUUUGCGAGAGUCCGAGGUAUUUAGUUAGCAGUAAAGGAGUUAACCAAAGGCAAAAUCGCAUUGCAGCAAAAUCUAUGUUCUAUCUACCAAUAAUACCUAGGCUGCAAAGAAUGUUUGCAUCAAUGCACAGUGCAAGCCAAAUGGCAUGGCACCAUACAAACAGAAUUAGUUCAGGCAUGAUGCGACAUCCAUCUGAUGGCGAGGCAUGGAAACACUUUGAUAGAGUUCAUCCUGAAUUUGCCCUUGAACCUAGGAAUGUCCGACUUGGAUUAUGCUCAGAUGGUUUCACUCCUUAUAAUUUUUCAGGAAAUGCAUAUUCUUGUUGGCCAGUUAUUGUUACCCCGUACAAUCUCCCUCCUGAGAUGUGCAUGACGAAACCUUACAUGUUUUUGACAUGCAUCAUUCCGGGACCGUCGAGUCCAAAGGCGGGAAUCGAUGUUUAUUUGCAACCUUUAAUUGAUGAUCUCAAGAGGCUGUGGGUGGGAGCGUGGACUUAUGAUGUGUCUCGUAAACAAAAUUUUAAUAUGCGAGCGGCUUUGAUGUGGACAAUUAAUGACUUUCCUGCAUAUGGCAUGUUGUCUGGAUGGGGUACACAUGGUAAAAUGGGAUGUCCGCAUUGCAUGAAUCACACAAAAGCGUUUACUUUGGACUUUGGUGGGAAAAGUUCGUGGUUUGAUUGUCAUCGUAGGUUCUUACCUACCAACCAUGAAUUUAGAAGGAAUAAAGAUGCUUUUAGAAAAGGAAUAAAAGUAAAAGAUCUACCUCCCCCUCGAUUGUCAUCGACUCAAGUAUGGAAUAAUGUUUGUGACCUACCAAAAUUCAUAGACUAUGGUGUAGCACAUAGAAUUAAAGGAUAUGGGAUUGACCAUAAUUGGACAAAAAGAAGUAUCUUUUGGGACCUCCCAUAUUGGAAGGAUAAUUUGUUGCGUCAUAAUCUUGAUGUUAUGCAUAUUGAGAAGAACUUUUUUGAUAAUGUGCUUAACACGGUGAUGGAUAAUGAGAAGACAAAAGACAAUGAGAAGGCUAGGAAAGACAUGGAACUUUUGUGUAAUCGAAAAGAAUUGGAGUUGAAACCUCGACCAAACGGAAAAUUAUUAAAACCCAAGGCUUGUUACACUCUUACUCCCCAAGAAGCAAAAGCUGUAUGUCGGUGGUUAAAUGAAUUGAGGAUGCCUGAUGGUUAUUCUUCUAACCUAGCAAGAUGUGCUGACGCCAACACUGGGAAAUUGCAUGGAAUGAAAAGUCACGAUUGUCAUAUUUUCAUGGAACGAUUACUUCCAAUUGCAUUCAGUUCACUGCCCAAGAAUGUGCUUAAUCCACUAACUGAGAUCGGUCAAUUUUUUAAAGACAUUUGUGCUUCAACUUUAAGAGUAGACGACAUCAUUAAAUUGGACCGAAAUAUUCCUGUCAUUCUUUGCAAGUUGGAGCAAAUAUUCCCGCCAGGUUUCUUUGAUUCUAUGGAGCAUCUCCCUGUGCAUCUUGCUUAUGAAGCUUUUCUAGGUGGACCUGUUCAAUAUAGAUUGAUGUAUCCAUUUGAACGAUUCAUGGGUGAUUCAAAGCGAUCAGUUAAAAAUAAGGCACGAGUUGAGGGAUCAAUUUGUGCACAUUAUAUACAUCGCGAAACAUCACAUUUUUGCUCUCAUUAUUUCAAUCACAUGAUGUUGUCUCCAAGAAUCAUAAGGAACGAAGUUCACUUCAGUGAAAGAAGUCAAUUUACCUUAUCAGUUUUCGGUCGUCUUGGCCGUCCCGCAGGGAAGAAGAGCCCUAGUCAACGUGUAAAUAAAUGGCACACAUAUUUUGUAAACGGUUACAAAUUUCACACUGAGGAAUGGAGUGUAGGAAAGAAAACCGUAAACAGUGGUGUAGUCGUAAAAGGAGUUACAGAGGGUGGUGAGGACGACUUCUAUGGGGUUAUCACACAUAUUUACGAGUUGGUUUAUAAUUAUAUGGACUCCGAAAAUAAAGUUUUCUUAUUUUAUUGUGAUUGGCAAGUUUAUUAUGUACCUUAUCCUUCAAUUACCCCACGGAAACGAGAAUGGUGUGUUGUAAUCAAGUCCAACCCAAUGGGUCACAUUGAGACUGAUGAGUUAAUGGAAGAUGUUGCAUACCAACAUGAUGAAAUUUCACCUGUUAAUGAAGUAAUUGAAACUGAGGAGAUUGUAAGUUUGUGUGAUACUGCAGUUGAGGGUCAACAAGUUGACGCAAGUAUCUUGUUGUCAACAAAUCCUAUGGAAGAAGAGCAUGAAGAGCUGGAAGAGUCUGGAGACAAUAAUAUCAUAUGCGAUGAAGACAACGAAGAUUAUGAUGAUGAAUAA